GGUGUCUAAGGGCACGGAGCGGCUACUUUCUACGGCCUGCCUGGAUGUUUGGGUGAUAUGGGUGCUUGCAUGGCCAUCCGACACACUGCUCGUGUAGAGUCUGUGUAUGUGGAAGGGACGGAGAUCGGUGGGAGGGUUGCGGGGUAGAUCUUGUCGUGCACACAACUGCGUGCUUUCCGUGCUCCAGUGUCCUGUGUGCCCAUCAUCUGGUUUACACCUUCCUUCCCUCCCAUCCCUAAUCUACCUUCCUCACAUCCUUCCCUCUAAUCUCCCCUUCUAAUCUCCUCUUCUAAUCUCGCCUUCACCAUGGCCGCCAACCCCGAGUUCUCGAAUCCCCUCCGCAAGUUCAAACUUGUCUUUCUGGGCGAACAGAGCGUCGGCAAGACGUCUUUGAUCACCAGGUUCAUGUACGAUACCUUCGACAAUACGUAUCAGGCAACGAUCGGCAUCGACUUUUUGUCAAAGACUAUGUAUCUCGAGGACCGCACCGUGCGUCUGCAGCUCUGGGACACUGCUGGGCAGGAGCGAUUCCGAAGCCUUAUCCCCAGUUAUAUCCGCGACUCUUCUGUGGCCGUGGUUGUUUAUGAUAUCACCAAUCGCAAUUCGUUCAUGAACACAGCCAAAUGGAUCGACGACGUAAGGGCGGAGCGAGGUACGGAUGUGAUCAUUGUCCUUGUCGGCAACAAGACGGAUCUAAACGAGAAGCGCCAGGUUACAGCAGAGGAGGGAGAAAAGAAGGCCAAGGAGUUCAACAUCAUGUUCAUCGAGACUAGUGCCAAGGCCGGACACAACGUCAAGACGCUCUUCCGCAAGAUUGCCCAAGCCCUACCAGGUAUGGAAAACACUAUCACGGAUGCGAACCAGAGUCAGCUUAUCGAUGUCAAGAUUCAGGACAACCCCGGCGCAACCGAGGGCGCCAAUGGCUGUGCAUGCUGA